AUGAAUAUUGAUCUAAUUAAAGUAAUUAAGAAAAAUUAACAAAAACUUGAAUAACAUAAUUAAAGACUGUGUGCUUAAGCAAAAGAUAUUUAUGCAUUAGUAUUGGAUUCAAAUUAAUAGACUAUAAUUAAUGUGAAUAGUAAUUUUAAGAACACUAGUAUGGAAAGGAGUUAAGUAAGUACAAAAAAAAAAUCAACAAAAUAGAAUUCUAUAGUUCCAAAUAAAUCUGAGCUUUCUAGUCUUAUCGAUUCGGUAAGAAUACUAUAUGAUCUUCAAGUCUUCUCCAAUAUCUGUUAAAUAAUCACAUAUAGAUAAUAUUGUCUCAAUUAGUCCUAAUAGAGAUGAUUUAAUUAGAAUUAGAAUGGAAAAUGCUGCUUUAAAAGAGUAAAUAAAUUCUAAAGAAAAGUAUAUUGAUUAAUUAGAUAAAACAAUUAUUGAACUUAAAAAAGAAAAGAAUCUGAUGAGUUAAUAAUAUUGAAAUACUAUUAAUCGUAUAAAUAAAGAAUUAGAAAUUGGAAAGAAAAACUCAACCAAUAUUGAAUAAGCACUAUAAGAAUAAAUCAAAUUUUUAGAAUAAAACUUAGAGAAUAAUAAAAAUAAUGAUUUUAAAUUAAAAGAAAUGGAAACCUCUAUGUAGAUUUUAAUCUUAGAAAAUGAAUAAUUAAAGCAAUAAAAUAAAGAUGAUUCUAAAUGGUUAAGAGAGUUGUAGGAAUAAUUUGAAAUAUUUUAUACAAAAAGUCAUGAAACUAAAAAUAAAAUAGAAGAUACUAAAUAUUUCAUUCACCAACUUUCUGAAAUAAACUAAUUUUUAACUAACAAAUAAGCAACUCCAUUAGAAUUCUUUGUUCAUAUGAAUAAAUAAUAAAAAUAGUCAAAAGUAGAUUUAACACUACUCCAUAAGGGAAGUUCUAUGAAACUAAUCUUUGCUCAAGUCUUUUCAUUGCAAAUAGAAACUUUAGUAAAUUUAAAUUAAAUACUUAAAGAAGUUAAAACUUAAGUGGAAAAAUUCUCUAAUUAAUACAUUUCUUAAGUUGGAUUGUAAUUAGUUUCUUUAUGA